CUAAUGGUACUUUCCAACCUCAAAGAACUAUGUACCAUAAUGGGGAUCUAAUUCGAGUUCAGUGUGACAGCGGAUUUACACUUGAAACAGAUAAUGGAGGAAAGGUGGUUGAAUGCACAAAGAAUGGAUGGUCACCUUCACCGAAAUGUGUCACAAAGGGCUGUGAUUAUAUCCGUAUAGAAAAUGGAAGAAUGACUGAAUAUUUGGAAUGGUACAAACCAUUUCCAAAAUGGGAGGGACAAACAAUUGACUUUCGUUGUGAUCAUGGUUUUGUGCCUGCGAACCAGCAAACAGGGCAAACAUGGCAAAGGGCUGCAUGCAUCAAUUCCCGCUAUGUCCCAGAACCAAAGUGUUUGAAAAUAUGUGAUCCUUCUAUACAUUUUGAUCAUGGUCGCUUCAUUCACCAUGACUACAUAUUAGAAGGUAACAACAUUACAUUUGUUUGUGAUUCGGGAUAUUCUCCUGCAAACCAACAAUCAACAAUUACUUGCACCCAAAAGGGGUGGUCACCUGCUCCAAGAUGUAUCCUGACAGAAAUUCAACUGCAUGGUAUCCCUGAGUGUAUAGUUUCGGAUUGA